AUGUCUUCAACGCUUCUCGGUGGCGAUUUACUGUCCUCGGUCGCCAUACGCAAGAAUGGACGCACUGCUCGCAUUUCCAGCUUCGACCAGACCGGGCUCAACGAAGAUGCGUUUGUUGUACUCCCCGGUGAGACUGCUACAUUGGCCAACAUUGAAGGUCCGGGCAAGAUUACGCACCUUUGGUUUGUGCAGACAUGCCGCCGCAUCUUAGGUCCCGGCCUCAUUCCCUAUUCCAAGUCAGGUGUGGCCAUGAUGGAAAUUCACAAUGCGCUUGGCCUCAGCUACGAGGACAGCGAUCCUGAUUACUACCGCAAGGUCAUCAUCAAGAUGUAUUGGGACGACUCGGAGACACCCAAUGUCAUUGCCCCGAUCGGUGACUUCUUUUGCUUGGGCCACUCCAUGGCUGCCAAUUUCCAGUCCCUCCCUUUCACUGUCUCGGUGAAGCCUUCCGAGGAGAAGAAGUACGGCGGGUCGGCUGCAUUCAAUUGCUACCUGACGAUGCCCUUCAACAAGCGUGCCCGCAUCGAGAUUGAAAACCAGGGCGAGCACGCGUACUUCCAGUACUUCUACAUCGACUAUGAGCUCCUGCCUCAGCCUUUCGACCCCAAGGAGAUCUUGUACUUCCACGCCCACUGGCGUCGCGAGAACCCCACCAACGGCUGGGCUCCCAAUGAGAUGCAGACCAACAGCCUCGAAACCCAAGUGCCCAACCUGACCGGGGAGGGUUACACCAUUCUUGAGACCACCGGCUCCGGCACUUAUAUUGGUUGCAAUCAUUCUGUCCUCCACCACCAAGGCACGUGGUGGGGUGAAGGUGAUGAUAUGAUCUUCAUCGACGACGAUACCUGGCCCCCAAGCAUGCACGGUACGGGUGGCGAGGACUACUUCAGUCAAGGAUGGGGUAUGCAAAAGAACGCAUAUCCGUUUUGCGGUACAAUCAUCCACGAGGAAGACGUGCCGAACCAUCAGGUCUCGUACCGCUGGCAUCUCGCAGAUCCAGUCCGAUUCGACAAGAAAAUCAAGGUGCAGCUCGAGCACGGCCAUGCGAACCACCUGCGGGAUGACUGGUCAACUACGGCUUAUUGGUACCAGACCUUGCCUGGACCCAAGCUGACGAUCCAGCCACUGGACGAGAGGCUGCCGAAUAGACCUACUAUUAAGCCUGCACCGGAACCAGCAGAAGCCAGACCGCUCACCGACCUACAGAAGCAGAAUAUCCAGAAACGUGAAGAGCGCUUCAAGGUAUUCGUAGAUGACCGGAAUGCUUGGCUCGAACGACGAGCGAAAGCUUCUCGCGAGAGAGCUGUAAAUAAUAUCGAAAUCGCCAAGAAUCUUAAAAAACGGUAUGACGAAAGCUUGAAGAAUUAA